GCAGGAGGAAGAGGCCUGAAACUUCAGAAACUCCUGUGUCUGCCCCAGUUGGUUAUCAGCCACUCCUCGUGUAGCCUGUUGAGUUGGACGCCUUCACCUACUUCCUGUCUGCUGUUAAGGAAARCUGCCACCUUGAUGCCAACUAGAAUUUGUCACCAGAGGGGAUCUAACUCCUGACAGUGCUGGCAGAAUUUUUUCCAUUUACUUGACUCACUGAAGGAGAAACCUCUGGAUUCUGGUGAAAGUAUGCCCUUGUAGCUACAAUAAAGUGCACCACAAGUUGAUCCUGAGGAGUUCUUGUGGCCAUUCAGGAGGAAAAAUACCAACAGAAGAACAAGGAGCACUAAAGCUUGGUUCUAAUUUGGAACAAUGGUUGUUCCAGUCCUCUCUACACCCAGCUUGCCACCACAGGUUGUCCUUCUUGCUGGAUUGCUGCUUCUGGGCCAGUGGGGGCCUCCAGGAGUCAGAUGUCAGAAUGAAACUGAGCCGAUUGUGUUGGAGGGAAAGUGUCUGGUUGUGUGUGACUCCAAYCCAUCAGCAGAGCCAUCAGGAAACGCUCUGGGCAUGUCAGUGAGGUCAGGAACUGGCAGGGUGGCAUUUUCAGCCAUCAGGAACACCAACCAUGAACCAUCAGAAAUGAGUAACCGCACCAUGACCAUCUACUUUGACCAGAUUUUAGUGAACAUUGGCAGCCAUUUUGACCCAGCAACAAGCAUCUUUGUGGCCCCCCGAAAAGGAGUCUACAGCUUCAGCUUUCAUGUUGUUAAAGUUUACAACCGGCAGACGAUACAAGUCAGUCUGGUUCUCAACGGCUGGCCGGUGAUCUCGGCGUUUGCGGGUGACCAGGAUGUGACGAGGGAAGCAGCCACCAAYGCCGGGCUGGUGAUACUGGAGCGAGGGGACAAGGCUUACCUAAAACUGGAGAGGGGGAACCUGAUGGGGGGGUGGAAGUACUCCACCUUCUCUGGGUUUCUGGUGUUCCCCUUGUAGGGUUAAAUGAGAUUGUGUCGUGUGGAUGGAGGUCAGGAGGGAAGAAAAGAUGGAUUUGUGACUCACAGCCUUUAACAUGRAAAAGGAUGUAGUUAUGGAUACAUGUACACACGAAUCAUGGUAUUCACCUCAGGCAUCCCAUGUGGAUCAGACUGAGUGCAUUCACUUUGCACCAAACAGUCUUGAAUGUAAUUUCCAUCAACAUUUCACUUUUAUGGUUUGUCAUCUGUUAACCUGUCUGAUGUAAUUCUGUCUAAAGCUUGUGAUUUUCCUUUCCCGCAUGAAACUGAAUUUAAAGAAUAAAUUAAAUUGCUGUUUAU